UUUAUUUGUAUUGCAAAAUUACGAUAUUGACGAAGAAGCUAAGGAAUUGGACUUUAAACAACUAGAAAAAACAGAUAAAUCCACUUAUGAAGAAUUAAGUUCUAAUUCGGGUGUUGUCUCAAGUGCCGAAACGAAAGGUGCUCCGGUGGAAACAGAAAGCAUCUAUAAAAACCUUACCAGUGGGUUGACAAGCGUUUACGAAUCAACUACCAAUAUUACUAAGGAUCUUGGAAAAUAUAUUGAGGAUGCACUUACCUCUGACACUGAUGAACAUGAUCAACGUGAAAAAGAAGAAGCAUUAAUUGUAGUGCGAUCAAAAACAACACCUGAAGAAACUAAAUCUAUUACCACAACUCAAAAAGCAAACGGAUGCUUUGAAUUGAGUGAAAAUGUUAUCAAGGAAUUACAU